UGAUUGGCUGAUCUUUCACGCGAUUGAUCAAUCAGGUCACUGUUUCAAUAAACAUACCUACAGCACCGACCAAUCCUAGCGAAGGAUGGGGAAUGCGUGCCGGGGAAAACGGGUGGGAAAGAAAACAAACCGUAUUCCGUUUGAGGUCCAGUGUUCAAAAAGAAGAACUGAAGUUAUUUCAUUUUCAGCCCUAAACGCUUUGUAUUUUUAUUAGCUUAUUUAAUCUUGUAUCGUUGCAGCGAGCACACACGGUAUUUAUCCAACACUAGCUAAUAUGCUAGUCGGUAAACAUUAGCUCAUUUGUUUGGUUGAGCCGCUGCCAAGUCAUCCUUCUCACGGUAACCGUUAGCUCACAGUGCUGACCUGUCAUUCACUUCCCUUCCCUUCAGUAGCUUAUCUUUUUAUAUCUUUAUUAAAUAUAUAUAUAUAUAUAUCUUUGUCUUCUCGUCGUUUUUAAUUUUUUUUUUGGAUGAACUGUACGUCUAAACUAGAUAACUGUAAUUGCAUUUCGGUUUAAAAAAUGUUUUGUACACAACAUUCUUACAUUUAAUAAAUCUUGUGGUAACAUGGAGGACUUGACAGUGUGCACAUACUUUUAACAUGACUAAAUUUAUUAAUAACUACAUAUACAAGUAUAGUUAUUCGACAGUUUUAUAGCCAUUACCACGGUUUCGGAGGGUUCAAAUGACCCAGAAAGAAGGCCUGAUGUUGGACCUGUACUUGUCUUGGAAUAGUCUGUAGGUCCUAAUUUGCCGUAACUAUCGCGGCGAUGUGGACAUGUCCGAGAUCGAGCACUUCAUGACCCUGCUGAUGGAUAAGGAGGAGGAAGGCACUCUGUCUCCCAUCCUGGCCCACGGAGGAGUGCGCUUCAUGUGGAUCAAACACAACAACCUUUACCUUGUCGCUACGUCUAAGAAGAAUGCCUGCGUCUCUCUGGUUUUCUCGUUCCUGUAUAAAAUCGUGCAGGUUUUCUCCGAGUAUUUUAAGGAGCUGGAGGAGGAGAGCAUCCGAGAUAACUUCGUGAUCAUUUACGAGCUGCUGGACGAGCUCAUGGAUUUCGGCUAUCCGCAGACGACGGACAGCAAAAUCCUGCAGGAAUACAUCACACAAGAGGGGCACAAGUUAGACACGGGAGCUCCUCGUCCGCCCGCCACCGUCACCAACGCCGUGUCCUGGAGGUCAGAGGGCAUCAAGUACAGGAAGAACGAGGUUUUCCUGGACGUCAUCGAGUCCGUCAAUCUUCUGGUCAGUGCCAACGGAAACGUCCUCCGCAGUGAGAUUGUGGGCUCCAUUAAAAUGCGAGUGUUUCUUUCGGGCAUGCCCGAGCUGCGUCUGGGUCUUAACGACAAGGUCCUGUUCGAAAACACUGGACGAGGGAAGAGUAAGUCUGUGGAGUUGGAGGACGUGAAGUUCCACCAGUGUGUACGGCUGUCCCGCUUCGAGAACGACCGCACCAUCUCCUUCAUCCCUCCAGACGGAGAGUUCGAGCUCAUGUCGUACCGCCUUAACACACACGUGAAGCCCCUGAUCUGGAUUGAGUCUGUGAUCGAGAAGCAUUCGCACAGCAGAAUCGAGUACAUGAUAAAGGCCAAAUCACAGUUUAAACGCCGCUCUACUGCCAAUAAUGUGGAGAUCCAUAUACCAGUGCCCACGGACGCAGACUCGCCCAAGUUUAAGACCACUGUGGGGAGCGUGAAAUGGGUCCCUGAGAACAGCGAGAUCGUCUGGUCCAUUAAAUCUUUCCCUGGAGGUAAGGAAUAUUUGAUGAGAGCGCACUUUGGUCUGCCUAGUGUGGAAGCUGAGGAUAAAGAAGGAAAGCCACCGAUUAGUGUUAAAUUCGAGAUCCCCUACUUCACCACCUCUGGAAUUCAGGUGCGUUAUCUGAAGAUCAUUGAGAAGAGUGGAUACCAAGCGCUCCCAUGGGUACGAUACAUCACUCAGAAUGGAGACUAUCAGCUCCGGACCCAGUAGUAGAACUUCACUCAUCUCAUCUCCUGCUGUCUGACCCACGUGGACUUGGAUCUCUCUCUCUCUCUCUCCAUCUCUCUUUCUGCCUCUCUUUCUCUCUCUCUCUCUCUCUCUCUCUCUCUCUCUCUCUCUCUGUCUCUCUCUGGUUUCAUGAUAUCAAAGACCUACAAGGACUGCUUAUCCAACACACCUGUCCAUUUGGAGCUCAUUUCAAAUAGUGCUUUUGAAUCCCGUUAUUCGUUCAUACAAGAGUUAAUUUGAUAAGUUAAUGAGUUAAUGAAUAGUGUAAAGUAGUGAGCUGCUCCGAGAAGUCUCGCAAACACUUGUGUUUCUCAGGCUUGCUGUGACACAGGCCCUGGUUUGUUUGUUGUUUUUUUUUCUUUCUUUCUUAUUUUUUUGCGGACCAUCUGCAAAAAACCCAUCUGUGUCUCUCUGUAUGUUCAGAGAAAUUCCUUCUGUUUAUGGUCAAUGGUAGGUGAGCUGUUACCUUCACAACCAGUUUAAAACAAUCCUGAGUAGUGGUUAUGUGUGUUACAGGAGUGUUUACAGUGCAUGUAAUAGUAUGUACUAUUUACUACCAGAGGUGGACAAAUCAUACGUUCGUUAGUUAGCCCAUCGGGCAAGUAAAAUCUCCCGUGUGUUGCCCAGGCUCAUGUUUUGGUUGCCCGGAAAACUAACUGAUGAAGCUAAAAAGUGGUAUCUAAUGUGAUGUGAUUUAAUGUAUUUUGGUGAGAAAGUUAGCUUGUUAAGUGCAUUAAUAUAGAUUAUGAGGAACAAACCUUAUCAAUUUAGCACAUCGUUUUUGCGACCUCGACAUAAAGUUAGCGAGUCAUUGGUUGAUGUUUUAGUUGCGAGAUACGAUGUUUGGUCCUCGCAUUGCACAUAACGGAUUAUAUAAGUCUGGCCAGUCUUUAAUUUUCUCUCAUUAUGUAGGAGAGUUUCUGCUUUUAAGAUCUAAUUAUUCUGGCUAAUUAAAACCAACAAAAUGUUCUGCCAGAUGGUCAAUGUGUGUAGUGCGGCAGGUGGUGGGAUUCGGAGGUACCUGCUGUAGUUACAACAUUGAGAUGUUUCACUGUGAGCAGUGACGUUUUUGCCAAAUAUAAACAUUUUCUUUUGAGAGUUUUUUUGCUUCUUAGGUUUUUAAACCUACUUCUCCAUUGGGCACCUGUGAAUAAAUACCUAAAGCCUGGUUUAUACUUGACUUUUACUCAUGGCCUUUUGUGGGUGUGCACAAACGGCAGCGACACAAAUGGCAUUGUUCACAUACACCCUUGUGUAUUUUAUGUACAUUCGGAGGGUUAAAAGUGAAGAAAGCUACAGUAUCCUCCACUAAUAUUGGCAAUCUUGGUAAAUAUGAGCAAAGAAGGCUGUGAAAAAUUGUCUUUAUUGUUUAGUUUUUUUGAUCUUUUGUUCAAAAAUACUCUGCUCUCGUGGAUAUCGGACAGCUGCAAACAAUACACGGGUUUAUCAAAAAACAAAAAGGUCUUUGUUAAAUAUAGGUGGGAAACAAUUAUUGGCACCCUUUUAGUCAGUACUUUUGUGCUACCUCCCUUUGCAAAGAUAACAGCUCUGAGUCUUCUCCUAUAACGCCUGUUGAGGUUGGAGAAUACAUGGCAAUGGAUCUGAGACCAUUCCUCCCUCUAUACAGAAUCUCUCCAGAUCCUUCAAAUUUCGAGGUCCACGCUGGUGGACUCUCCGCUUCAGUUCACCCCACAGGUUUUCUAUGGUUUUCAAGUCAGACGACUGGGAUGGCCAUGACAGGACCUUGAUUUUGCAGUCAGUAAACCAUUUUUGUGUUGAUUUUGAUGUAUGUUUUGGAUCAUUGUCCUCCUCGAAGAUCCAACCACGGCCCAUUUUAAGCUUUCUGGCAGAGGCAGUCAGGUUUUCAUUUAAAAUCUGUUGAUAUUUGAUUGAGUCCAUGAAGCCAUGUAUCCUAACAACAUGUCCAGGUCCUCUGGCAGGAAAACAGCCCCAAAACAUUAAAGAACCACCAGCAUAUUUAACCGUGGGCAUGAGGUACUUUUCCAUAUGGCUACCUCUCUGUGUGCGCCAAAACCACCUCUGGUGUUUAUUAAAAGCUCUAUUUUGGUUGCAUCUGACCAUAGAACCCGAUCCCAUUUGAAGUUCCAGUAGUGUCUGGCACACUGAAGACACUCGAGUUUGUUUUUGGAUGAGAGGAGAGGCUUUUUUCUUGAAACCCUUCCAAACAACUUGUGGUGAUGUAGGUGACUUCAGAUUGUAGUUUUGGAGCCUUUCUGACCCCAAGACGCAACUAACUUCUGCAGUUCUCCAGCUGUGAUCCUUGGAGAUGUUUUGUCCACUCGAACCGUGCUCUUCACAGUGCGUUGAGACAAUAUAGACACACGUCCAAUUCCAGGUUGAUUCAUAACAUUUCCAGUAGACUGGAGCUUCUUAAUUAUUGCCCUGAUGGUGGAAAAGGGCAUUUUCAAUGCUGGUGCUAUUUUCUUAUAGCCACUUCCCAUUGUGUGAAGCUCAACAACCUUUUCCCGCACAUCACAGCUAUACUCCUUGGUCUUAUUGUUAUGAAUGAUUAAGGGAAUUUGGUCUAUGUCACAUCAUAUGUAUACCCCUGUGAAACAGGAAGACUUAGUUGAACAAUGUCCUGUUCCUAGUCACCCAGGUGUACAAAAUUUUUUUUCUUUAAAUAUCAACGGGAAUAUACUUCAAAUAUAUUUCUCAUAUGAAUUCAUAGGGGUGCCAAUAAUUGUCACACACCUAUAUUUAACAAAGAUCAUAUUUUUGAUAAACCUGUGUUGUGUUUGAUAUCCACGAGAAGGGAUUAUAUUUGUGAAUUCUUUGAACAAAAUAUCAAAAGAUUAAACAAUAACGACAAUUUUUCCCCAGCCUUGUGUGCACAUAUUUACCAAGAGUGCCAAUAUUAGUGCAGGGCACUGUAUAUACCAUGUCCAAGCCAAACUGUAAAAUGUUUAGCACUUUUACGUACAGACGUUCUGCCUGUUACUCACAUGGACGAGCUGUUUCUCGAAACUUUUCCACUGUCGUCUUGAUGGUUGUCAUUACCUGCGUCUCAAUUCGAAGACCCUGACCUUAUGUUCACGAAUAUUUACUAAUCUGGAAAAAUCCAAAAAGGCUAGUGCGCAAAAAAGACAGUAGGUUUCAGUUGGUUUCAAGGUUACGUGAGCGGAUUCUAAAAUUAAAAACACUAAACGUAUACUCAUAUACUCAGUACCAGUACUCAAAAACCAGUACUCAGUCACUGUGUCGAAUACUAUAAGUAUAUGAUUUGUGGCACGAUGAUAGUUUUUAUUCGGUAGCGGAUGCAGCGUCACACGGUGCUAUACUGUCUCCGCUGUUUACGUCGGUAUUGCAAUUACGCAGACCUUCAUUUCUGAGGACGUUCCCAGCCGACUUCAGGACACGUCCGGCAGCCAUUUUGCGUACACACAGUUAAAAUCAAGUAUAAUUCGGCCUUUACAGCCCGAACAUGAAAUUUACUCGUCCUGGCUCCCCAGGUUAGUGAUUUGUCCACCCAUGAUUAAGCACGUUUCAAUCUUUUGUUUUGUUUUCGUCACUGAUACUUAAUAUCAAAUAUAAAGAGACAGUAUUUUUGUUUGAAAUUCAUUUUAAAGGUCAUCUCUUAUCGUUAUCGAUAUACAUUUACAAAAGCUCAGUCAUAAAUCUUACAGGUAAAUCAUUUCCUUCACUGUUCUAUUCUCUCCAUUGUAUUUUCAUCUGUCGAUUGUAUACCGUUUACUGUGUUUAUUAGGUUUUUUUUUUUAUUAUUUUUUUUUUUUUACAAUGUCCGACAUUUUUGUUUUCAGUAUUAGCAAACGAGUAGAGUUCAAGAUGUCGGUAUGUUAAUGAUACGACUUUCAUGUUUACCAAAAAGCGUAAAUUCUAAUUAAAAUAAUAAUAAUAAUGCCAUUUCACACCAAAACGGUGCUUGAUGUCAUUGCAAGCAAGUCCAAUUCCUGUUACUAACAUUGUGCGGUUUAGGAUGUAUGAUUAUUUUAAACUCCUGUACACUCUGUUACGACAUCGCAGCAUACGUUAUGUGUAUAUGUGUUUCUCCACUCUGCUGUAUAGAUCUGACCUGAUUGGGAAGAAAUGAGAGAAAUUAGAAAUCACUAUGGAGAUGAUGCAUGACCUGUACGGUUGGCGAUGAAAAGCGAGUCGCAUACGUGCGUUCUCCUGAACAUGUCAUGUCAAUGAAGACGAAAUGAAGUUCUUCUUUCUCAGCA